CACAGAGAGCCGGUUUUGUCCAAUUCCCUCGCACCCCUGGCCGUCCCUCUUUGGGGUGUGCCUCGCACUGCUCUCCGGAGCUGAGCGGAGGCCUUGGGUGGAGAGCUGGUCUCUGCGGUCAGUUUGUGGCCGCAGAAGCCAAGGCUGCAGUGGAUGUUUGUCUGCUCCUCUCUGGCCGAGCUGGGCGUCCUUGCCACUGUGCCGCUCUGCACUGCAGCUGGGCCUGGGGUUCCCCGAGCCCCCGACUCCGCAGGGGCCGCAGCUCCACCCCCACCGGGGCAGACUUUCCCGCCCACGCCCACACCCACGCCCAGCGCCCCAGGCUGCUCCUUGGCUCCGGGUCAGCAGCCCACGCCCCGUCCCAUCCUCCAGGCCUCCCGAGAGGCCAGAGGCUCAGCGCUGGCCAGCACCUCCCCUGGCCACGGCUCGGGCUGCGGCGCAGCCCCAGUCCAGCCCCGACUCCCUCUGCUGCUGUAGGCGUUGGGAGCCGCCCUGUUCAUCCUUUCCACCUCCACGCCUGCCCGGCCCUCCUGCCAAGCCUGGAAGCAGCAGUCAAAAGCGGGGCGGGCGUGUGGCCGGGUCUGGCCGGCUGCUGGGCUGGGACUCCGGGCAGGCGUUGCAGACGGAAGCCUGACAUGGACCCGCACUGGGGACUCUCCUGCCUCAGCCUCCUGUGUCUCCUGACGCUGGCCCCAGGUCAAAGGGACUUUGACUUGGCCGACGCCCUGGAUGACCCCGAACCCACAAAGAAGCCAAGCUCGGAUGGGCACCCGCGGCCAAAGCCUCCUUACCCGCAGCCCGAGAGCCCCGGCCACGGCGGAGGUAUCUACCCACGGCUAAAGCCGCAGCCACGCCCGCAGCCGGAAAAUAAUAACCACGGAGGACACUGGAACAACGAGGAUGAAGGGUACCAGCCGCCCCGGCCCAAGCCGCCUGCAGGAGGAGGAGGAAUAGGAGGAGGAGGAGGAGGAGGAGGAGGCGGAGGGACAGGAGGAGGCGGUGGCUAUAACAGCUACGGGGGCACGCAAGGUGGACAGGGCUACAGGCCCAAGCCUCGCUAUGGGAAUGGUUACGGUGGAGGGGAGACGUCAACGUACAACAGCCCACAAGGCAACACCAUAGCCAGGAUCGUAUCCCCCAUCGUGUCUGUGGUGGUAGUGGCGCUGCUGGGAGCCAGCGUGAGCUUCUUCAAGUCCAACCGGAGGGCAAACUGCCUGCGGGCUGGCGAUGCGGUGGACGUCUGAAAAGAUCCGAGUCCUCGGUCGCUUUGAGAAAGACUCAAGGAAGAGAAACAAUGUUCCUGAUCAUGGCGCUGCACACAGUUCCUCUUAGUUUUAGCAGAAUCUGUGGACUUGAAUGGUGUCGUCUUCCCUCCCUCCCUCCCUCCCUCCGUUCCUCCAUUCCUCCGCUUUUCUUACUUCCCUCGUUGCCCGUCUUCCCCUUCCUUCCUUCCUUUUCUUCUUUGUUUCUCUUCUGCUACUGAAGAC